AAAAAAUAAAGUCGUCAAGAGUACAUAAAGCGAGGUAUCCUCCUCCUCCUCAUUUCCCCGUGCCUGCUUCUCUUGUGACCCGUGAGCUCUUCUCGUCGUGGUAGAACUUGGGUCCCUCAAAAACUUUACCCAGUUCUCUCUCCCUCUCCCUCCUGUUUCUUCUCAAUAGAAACUUUUUAGUUCUCUUGUGAUCCGUUCUCUGAUAAAUCACCUGCAAACAACCUUUUUCCAAGGCAAGUUGGGGCACUCGACCAACUAACCAUCCACCCAUCCACCAUGGCUGGUGUACGCAAGCUGUCCAUCACCCGGCCAGAAGAGGCUGGCAAGGCAUGGCCAGCCAUAGCCAUUGGGUCCUUUGUGGCCUUUGGCGGCGUGCUGUUCGGCUACGACACAGGCACCAUCAGCGGCAUCCUCGCCAUGCCGUACUUUGAUCGCCUCUUUUCUACUGGAUACAAGAACGCGGACGGCAACCCUAGCAUCUCGCCCUCGCAGCAGUCGGCCAUCGUCUCCAUCCUCUCUGCGGGUACCUUUUUCGGCGCGCUGGCCUCUUCCUUCCUGGCUGACUCGAUCGGUCGUCGGCUUGCCCUGAUCGCCUCCACGCUUGUCUUUACCCUCGGUGUCAUCUUCCAGACCGCCGCUGUGGCUCUGCCUCUGUUCCUGGCAGGUCGGUUUUUUGCAGGGUUUGGUGUCGGUCUCAUUUCUGCUCUCAUCCCGCUGUACCAGUCCGAGACGGCUCCUAAAUGGAUCCGAGGUGCGAUUGUCGGUGCUUACCAGUUCGCCAUCACCAUUGGCCUCCUCCUUGCCGCCGUCGUCGACAACGCAACCGCCAAACGCCAGGACACAGGAUCCUACCGCAUCCCCAUCGCCGUCCAGUUCGCCUGGGCCAUCAUCCUCAUCGGCGGCAUGCUGAUCCUCCCAGAGUCCCCCCGUUACCUCAUCAAGCGUGGGCGCCAAGACCAGGCCGCCAAGGCCCUCGGCCGCAUCCGCCGCAUACCUGCGGACCACCCUGCCAUCCAGGCUGAGCUGGAUGAGAUUCGUGCCAACCACGAGUAUGAGGUCAGCCUCGGGAAGGCCAGCUAUAUCGACUGCUUCCGGGGCAACAUGCUGAAGCGCCAGCUUACGGGCAUGGGUCUUCAGGCUCUCCAGCAGCUCACUGGCAUCAACUUUAUCUUUUACUAUGGUACGCAAUAUUUCAUCAACUCGGGCAUCAGCGACGGCUUCAUCAUCCAGGUCAUCACCUCAGUCAUCAACGUCGUCUCUACAAUCCCAGGCCUGUACGCCGUCGACAAGUUUGGCCGCCGACCCCUCCUCUUCUGGGGUGCCAUAGGCAUGUGCAUCAGCCAGUUCCUGGUGGCCAUGCUGGGCACCUUGACCACAGGCCAGGACUCGGCCGGGAAAAUCAUCGUGUACAACGUUGCCGCCCAGAAAGCGGGCAUCGCCUUUGUGUGCAUCUACAUCUUCUUCUUCGCCUCGACCUGGGGUCCUUUGGCCUGGGUUGUCACAGGCGAGAUUUUCCCUCUCAAGAACCGUGCUAGAGGUCUCGCCAUGACCACCGCCACCAACUGGCUUCUCAACUGGGCCAUCGCCUACGCAACCCCAUACCUGGUCAACUACGGCCCUGGCUAUGCCAACCUCCAGAGCAAGAUCUUCUUUAUCUGGUUCGGGUGCUGCUUCUUCUGCAUCGCCUUCGUCUACUUCUUCAUCUACGAGACCAAGGGCCUAUCCCUCGAGCAGGUCGACGAGCUGUACGCCGACAUGCACGGCCUGACCGCUGCCAAGAACAGUAAGCACUGGCAGCCCAGUCAGACAUUCCAGCAGAGGGCCGAGGGCGGGGCCUUUGGCGGGGACAAGGAGAAGGGGUUGGAACACUCCGAGGUUGCUGGGGAUGGGUCUUGAAGGAGAGAGAGAAUGAGAAAACACGAUGGUUCUCCCGGCUGAAAUUGGUAGGGAGAAGCCAUGCCAGGAGGACGGGGCUGGUUGCUCACGGGAACGUGUGAUGUGGGGUCUCAGCCAUAGAGAGUGAUACACCUUCAAUCAAUUUCCUAGCAACUUGGAAUGCAAAACAGAAUCUUAAUGU